GUUAAGAUCGAGUAAGUUACGACUCACAACCCCACCAACCAACCAGAGAAGAUCAUGUCCGGCCGUGGCAAGGGAGGCAAAGUCAAGGGAGCGUCCAAGACCCGCUCGAGCCGUGCCGGGCUGCAGUUCCCGGUUGGUCGGAUCCACCGUCUGCUGCGGAAGGGCAACUACGCCGAACGGAUCGGUGCCGGUGGUCCGGUCUAUCUGGCGGCCGUCAUGGAGUAUCUGGCCGCGGAGGUGCUCGAGCUGGCCGGAAACGCCGCUCGGGACAACAAGAAGACCCGCAUCAUCCCGCGGCACCUGCAGCUGGCCAUCCGGAACGACGAAGAGCUGAACAAGCUGCUGUCGGGAGUGACCAUCGCGCAGGGCGGCGUCCUGCCCAACAUCCAGGCUGUGCUGCUGCCCAAGAAGACAGAGAAGAAGGCUUAAAAGGUAUGCCUGCCUUAAGCCGUCGGACAAUGGCCACGACCCUCCGUGAGGAGAACACGCGAAACAAUCAAAAACCGUCCUUUUCAGGACGACCAUUUUGUUUACGAAAAGAGUCUGUUUCAAAAGAAUUCACAUGACCAAAAGCUGGCAGAAAAGGUUUUUUAGUAGUAAUUCUAAAGAUUUUCCCAAAUAUUGUACAGUGCGUCAUUAACACAUUCACAUUAAAAUAAA